UGGACUCCGCUCCGCGUUUUCACUCUGACUUCCGCAAACGUCACGUGUAAGGAAGUGGAUGCGGAAAUAUUCGCCGAACAGCAGGUAGUUUUGAGCAGGACCCUGGCUGUCACAAAUCACAGCUUGUCGGUCAAGAUGUUGAAGGCUGUUAUUUUAAUUGGAGGCCCCCAGAAAGGUACAAGGUUCAGGCCGCUCUCAUUUGAAGUCCCCAAACCCUUGUUUCCAGUAGCUGGUGUGCCCAUGCUGCAACAUCACAUUGAAGCAUGUGCCAAGGUACCAAAUAUGAAGGAGAUUUUGCUCAUCGGCUUUUAUCAACCAAAUGAAGAACUGACCAGAUUCCUGUUUAAUGCACAGCAGGAGUUCAAAAUUUCCAUCAGGUACUUGCAGGAGUAUGCAGCCCUGGGCACUGGAGGGGGCAUCUAUCACUUUAGAGAUCAGAUUGUCUCUGGCAGUCCAGAGGCUUUUUUUGUUCUGAAUGCUGACGUCUGCUCAGCUUUUCCUCUCGGAGAGAUGCUCAACUUCCAGAAGGAACAUGGAGAACCAAACAGCUUUGUUAUCCUUGGGACAACGUCAAACAGAAAGCAAUCCAUGAAUUAUGGCUGUAUUGUUGAAAAUGAGGAAACAAACGAGGUCUUGCAUUAUGUGGAAAAGCCGAGCACAUUUGUGAGCGACAUCAUAAACUGCGGUAUAUACCUCUUUAACCCAGACAUCUUCCAACAUAUCGGCGCCGUCUUUCAGAAGAAUCAGCAGGACAUGUUGUUAGAGGAGCCGACCAACGGCUGGCACCGCGCAGAGGCCAUCAGGCUGGAGCAAGACAUUUUCACUGCCCUGGCAGGACAGGGCAAACUCUACGUAUAUAAAACCCUCCGCUUCUGGAGCCAGAUUAAAUCCGCAGGGUCUGCUAUUUAUGCCAGUCGGUUGUACCUCAACCAGUAUCACACAACUCAUCCUGAAAGACUGGCUUCAAAUAAGGAGGGAGGGCCCAAAAUAAGUGGUAAUGUCUAUAUCCAUCCUACAGCCAAUAUUGACCCCACUGCUAUGUUGGGUCCCAAUGUUUCGAUUGGCACUGGUGUGACUAUUGGUGCUGGGGUCAGAGUUCGAGAAUCCAUCAUCCUCCAUGGUGCAACUCUACAGGAUCACUGCUGUGUUUUGAACAGCAUUGUGGGAUGGGACAGCACCAUUGGCAAGUGGGCAAGAGUAGAAGGGACCCCGAGUGACCCAAACCCCAAUGAUCCCUACGCAAAGAUUGACAGCGAGACCCUGUUCAGAGAUGGAAAACUCACGCCCUCAAUUACUAUUCUCGGUUGUAACGUGAACAUCCCCUCCGAGGUGAUUAUACUCAACUCGAUUGUCCUCCCACACAAAGACCUCAACCGCAGCUUCAAGAACCAAAUUAUUCUCUAGUUAAUCUUCCUCACGCUUCUGUGCACUUACUGUCACCGGUGAGGGAUGCAGCUGGACACAUGCCGGCACUGCCUCUGAGUGUCAAAAAUGAAGAUAUGGGACAUUCAUUAAAUAGUUUUUAAAAGAUUUAGAAGAUAGAUUUUAUAUAUUUGUCCUCUAGCCUUUAUGCAUCAUUUGGUGUCAGCAGCAUUAGAGAGAGUCUAAUCACGCAUGUUGAUUCACCUUGAAAAGUGCUGUCAUGCCGAAGGUUUAUAUUUGUUUUUUAUUAACUUUACUGAACUGUAAAAUUAGUGCAGACACCAGUAUAAUAUAUUUGGUUGGAUAUAAUAUAAUGUUUAAAAAAAAAAAAAAAAAAAGGUUUAUAGACGACCACGCUCUGUUUGUCAAGGUCAACCUUGACAAACUUGAGACUUGUUACUUCAGUGUGAGAAGAAGAAUUAUUAGAAAAUAAAAAUCACUGGCUACUGUGGUUAAUUUCUAGAGCUGAUUACUUGUGUGUAGCCCUGAUUAAAACUUUUUAGCAUACUCAUUGUUGAUCUCAGAAAUUGACUACAACCAUAAUAAAUCAGCGUGCUUGAGAUUUACAUCGCAAUCAGAUAAUGUUGCCUUUUAAAAUGUGAACUUAGCAGGGGGCCUUGAGAUUCUGCCAUAUAAGCAGCAACAGUAGAUACUUAAAUUAGGCAUUUGCAAUCACUGGAGGAACUGUUCCAACUUAUGGAUACAGCACAUUAACAUUUACGUAUUAAGCCCUCAAGCAUUUGUGAUCACUUGAGCACUUUUGUUCUAAUUAUUGCAAAGAAAAUGUCUAUUAAAGAAAGGUGUAAAUUGUGAGACUGGAACUGCAGCAUAAUAUGUUUUAAACAAGUCUCUUCACAAAGUACCCUCCAAUGAAAGGGGGGAGGGGGGAGGGGGGCAAGUGAAUGCACAUUUUCAUCCAUGGUAAGUUCAUUUCAGAUUUCAUAUGUAGACGCUUGUGCUUUUUGCUUGUUGUUGAUUGAGGUGCCUUACUGCUCCAAAACCUCAUGCCAGUCUAGGGCCCCCUCAUUACAGUGUUUUUAUCCUCUUUGUGGGAUGUUCAUCAGUUGCACUACAACCUUCAUGCUCCGCACAUGAAAUGUGAUCCUUAAAAUCAUUAGAUCAAACAGGCUUCGUGCUCCCGUUAUAGUGAAACUUAACAUUUUUUAUGCAGAGAACAGUAGGGCUUAUAGACCACUUGCUGACAUGUCGAUAUCUUGUUUUUCUUCUGCCUCUCAGUGGGAAGCGUAGUCCGUGCAUGGGUCUGAGCAGGUUAGCGGAGGAAGCACAGGAAAUAGGAUUGGAAUGUUAAAAUAAGAAAAUAUCUAGGGCAGAGUGGCAAAAAAAAAAAUAAACAUCAGAAGGGGAAAGGACAGCAAAGGUGACAUGUGACAAAAGCUAGAUUCAAAUCCCUCCCAUCCAGUCUUCAUGAAAGGCAAUUUAGCUUUAGGUGAGCCAGAAGACAUGUCAGCUGUCAGAAAGUCUGUGUACUCAACUUUUUCAGUCAACUUCAAAAGCAGAGGUUUUAGCUUCCCUGCUCCUUCAGUUUUCGUGAUGGCUUUUCUUUUCUUUGUGUUUUUUGGGAAGGUUGUUUUCAUCAAUGUCUUAAUUGUAGGUUGCCUGUAUGUUACAUUCGUUGUUAUCACCUGACAACAUUUACAGGUCCACUGAUACCAUUAUUAAUUGAUAUUAUAAUGUGAAAAUAGUACAUAUGAAAAACAUUUUUUUACAGGAAUGGAAAUGUCACACUUACUGUACACUGUGUCUCUUAAAUAAACUUGUAUGUGAUGUCAGGUGGAAAACGAG